CUCACCUCACUGACCCAUGAAAGAAGCCAUGCCGGUGCUCACAGCAGGAGCGGGGCUUCAUGAGACGUUGGCCCUGCUGACCUCUCAGCUGCGGCCCGAUGCCAACCACAAAGAGGACAUGGUGUUCCUCAAAGAUGUCUUCAGUGAGAGGAGCCUGGGAUACCUCAUGAAGAUCCAUGAGAAGCUGAGACAGUAUGAGAGACAGAGUCCAACACCUGUCCUCCACAGUGCCUCUUCUCUGGCAGAGGAUGUAAAAGUCAGUCACAAUGAGUUAGUGGCAGAGGAGCUGCAGAGUGGACCAAUGAGCACUGAGGAGAAGGAGCUGCUGCACUUGCUGACGUCGCCUCAUCUCAAGGCUGUUCUCUCAGUGCACGACACUGUGGCUCAGAAGAACUUCGACCCCGUGCUGCCACCGCUGCCGGAUGACUUUGAGGACGAGCUGGAGGAGGAGUCGGUGAAGAUUGUCAGGCUGGUGAAGAACAAGGAGCCUCUGGGAGCCACCAUCAGGCGGGAUGAAGCCACCGGGGCGGUGAUCGUGGCUCGGAUCAUGAGAGGAGGUGCAGCUGAUCGAAGUGGUUUGGUCCAUGUUGGAGAUGAACUCAGGGAGGUGAACGGAGUCUCUGUAAUCCACAAGAGACCAGAUGAGAUCAGUCAGCUGCUGUCCCAGUCCCAGGGCUCCAUCACUCUAAAGAUAAUCCCUGCCAUUAAGGAGGAGGACCGACUGAAGGAGAGCAAGGUCUAUAUGAGAGCCUUGUUUGACUACAUCCCAUUGGAGGACAAGGCCACGCCGUGCCAAGAGGCGGGACUUCCCUUCAAACGGGGAGACAUCCUGCAGGUCGUGACCCAGGACGACCCCACGUGGUGGCAGGCCAAACGAGUGGGAGACAGCAACCUGCGGGCCGGACUCAUCCCCUCCAAACAGUUCCAGGAGAGGCGACUGGCCUACAGGAUGAAAAUGGGCACGCUCCCGAAUCCAAAAUCCCCUAAAAAGCCUGUCUAUGACCAAGGAUGUGAUAAAGAGGACUGUGACUGUGAGGGCUAUUUCAAUGGACAGUACAUAGCUGGUUUACGGAGGAGUUUCCGGCUGAGUCGUAAGGACAGGCAAGGAUCAUCAGGAGAGGGCUCUGAUCCCGGAGACCCCGACUUCAUGACUUACGAAGAGGUGACCCGCUACCAGCAGAGGCCCAAUGAGAGGCCUCGCCUGGUGGUUCUGAUCGGUUCCCUCGGAGCACGAAUCAAUGAACUCAAACAGCGGGUGAUUGCUGAAAACCCACAUCGUUAUGCAGUAGCUGUACCACACACCACCAGGCCCAAGAAACCUCAUGAGAAAGAAGGGGUGGAGUACCACUUUGUCACAAAACAGCAAUUUGAUGCAGAUGCUUUGAACAACAAGUUCAUAGAGCACGGGGAAUACAAAGAGAACCAGUACGGCACCAGUAUAGAGGCGAUCCGCUCUGUACAGGCCAAGAAGAUGUGUAUAGUGGAUGUGCAGCCUGAGGCCCUGAGGAGGCUGAGGACAGCAGAGUUUAAGCCCUACGUAAUAUUUGUCAAACCUCGUGUUCCUGAGAGCAGACGCCGCCGCAGUGCUGCCACCUCGCCAGGAGGGGGAGAGCAUGGCCGCGUAACAGACGAGGACCUGCAGGAGAUGCGUCAGUCUGCCAUUCAGAUCGACCAGCAGUAUGGACACCUGGUGGACCGGGUCCUGAUCAAGGAGGACUCGGCCAGUGCCUGUGCAGAACUACGAGGUAUUCUGGAAAGGCUGGAGCGAGAAUCCUUCUGGGUGCCUCUCUGCUGGGUGCGGACCUAA